GGGUCCUCCAUCGAGUCUGGACUGACGUCCCGAGGCGAAAUUGCGGUUGCGGCGAUUGCCCAAUUACUCCGGUUCCGCCAAAGCAGCUGUGUUCCAGACACCCCAACUCGUGCCACGGCGAUCGCUUGAGCCACUCGAACGACCCAUAAGAACCCAUCGCAAACCGGCCCCAUGAAUUGCCCCUCGCGAACUGACGACACCCUCGACCACCCGGGCUGGAACCAGAAUCCGUCCGCGCUGAGUCCCGACAUCACCACACGAAGCGACUUUAACGGGGUCGCCAACUCGAAAGUGCAUCGGAGACAUGCGCCCGGGAUGGGGGCUGCAGGGGAUGGCACCACGGCAAUACAGGAUCGGCCCCAUAGUCUAGAUGGAAAUGAGCCCGGCAGCGAAAAGAAGACCCCGGACGACGAGGUUUCUGCUGCUCCCGGGGAUCAACCACCCGGGACGACCAGCGGAUUUCCUCGUCGUCCUUUCACACAAUCAAUCGCAUCUUUCUUUCUCCAUGCUGCCCGCAGCAUCAAGAAGUUCGCCCGCUUCAUAGGCCCCGGCUUCCUGAUCGCCGUCGCCUACAUCGAUCCGGGCAACUAUUCCACCGAUGUCUCCGCGGGGGCAGACUAUCGCUACGCUUUGUUGUUCAUCGUGCUCUUGUCCAACCUAUUCGCCAUUUUCCUGCAGUCGCUCUGUAUCAAGCUCGGUACGGUGACGGGGCUCAAUCUGGCGGAGAACUGCAGAGCACAUCUACCCAAGUGGCUCAACAUCACCCUGUAUGUCUUCGCGGAGGCGGCCAUUGUCGCAACCGAUAUCGCAGAGGUCGUUGGAUCCGCAAUUGCGCUGAACCUUCUCCUCAAAAUACCCCUGGUGGCGGGAUGUGCGAUCACCUUGGCCGAUGUCCUCUUCAUCCUGAUAUUUUAUCGCCCAAAUGGCGCCAUGUGGGGGCUGCGUCUGUUUGAAAUCUUCGUCAUGCUUCUAGUCAUGGGAGUCGUGAUAUGCUUCUGCAUCCAGCUGUCACUGAUAAAGGAACAGUCGGUCGGCGACGUUUUCCGGGGCUACCUACCCUCGUCUGCCAUAGUCCAAUCACAAGGAUUGUACCAGAGCUGUGGAAUCCUCGGAGCUACAGUUAUGCCCCAUUCCAUGUUCCUCGGCAGCGGCGUAGUCCAAUCGCGCCUAAAGGAGUUCGAUGUUGCUCAAGGCUACGUGGACCCGUCUGUCUGUCUUGGAAGCACCGGAGGGGAGGUCGAAUACAGACCGUCCAUCCACGCAAUCCGGGACUGUAUGAAAUACUCCAUCAUCGAGCUCUCCUUAUCUCUCUUUACGUUCGCCCUCUUCGUGAACAGUGCCAUUCUCAUCGUGGCGGGCGCCUCGUUGUACGGCACAGAAGGCGCCGACGAUGCAGACAUCUGGGGCAUUUACAACCUUCUGUCCAGCUCGAUCGCUCCUGCGGCGGGUCUGAUCUUUGCAUUGGCUCUGCUGCUCUCCGGCAUCUCUGCGGGCAUUGUCUGUACCAUGGCGGGCCAGAUGGUCAGCGAGGGAAUGCUGAAUUGGAGCACGAAACCCUGGCUGCGCCGGCUCAUUACGCGCUCCGUCAGCAUCAUCCCUAGCAUCAUCAUUGCAGGCGCCGUCGGCAAGGAGGGGUUGGACAAAACACUGAACGCCAGCCAGGUGGUGCUGAGUGUGAUUCUCCCAUUCGUCUCCGCCCCCCUGGUCUACUUUACCUGCCGCAACCGCUACAUGACCGUUCCGACUGAUCGCAACUUCUCUGGAGAAGACUCUGCGCCCGAGGGAAUUAAGAUGAAAAACAACUGGCUUGUUGCUAGCCUCGCCGUAAUCGUAUGGCUGGUCAUUGUGAUCAUGAAUGUUGCUUUGCUUGUCCUGGUCGGACUAGGCAAGGCCUGACAUGCAGAAGAGAACAACAACGC